AUUCCGUAUGAAGGUUUCAGUAGCAUUCCAGCCUUCGAGCCUGCAGAAGAGAGUUUUCCUUCCCAGUGUUGUCCCUUCUGCUACCCGGACCCCACAACCUCCUCUGCCAACCAGAGACUUCUAGGCAGUUUCAGAGUUUGAAGGGACAGAGGAGAAAACAUCAAAGCGAUGAUAUUAGUGACUCCAAGAUGGGUUACCAAGGCGACUAUCAGACCUUAGUAGACACUACAGAAUGUGGGCAGGCAGGGAGGGGGGAAACGCAGUUUUGGUCUCUAUACUACAGACGUCCCCUAAACUAACUCUAACCUACAAGUCACUUCUUGGUAUCGUAAGGAGGACUCCGCGGCUGCCUUCCGCGCUGCUACCGUGAAGGAUGCGAGCGGUUCCCAGAAUUUGAGAGCUCAUUGGAUGGUAAUCGCGUCACUCAGAGUGACGUCACAGGGCGAGGCGCAGGAGGUGGGAGCAUGGAGGCUGGGCUUCCGGCCCCAAUGGAUUGGGGGCGGGGAGGAAUUGGGAAGGCAGGGUUUGGGGCCCCAUCGCCCCGCAGGUAGCGUGCUCACCCUUCCCGCGUGCCCCCUCAUCCCCAGACCUGGCCCCGAACUUCGUCGCGCAGCCGACAUUCGCCCCUUCGGUGUACCUAACCCCACCCCAGCAAUCCCCAAACCCACAACAGCCCGUUGCACAUCCUCCGAGGCCGCCGGCCGUGAGCCGAGGGCGCCUUUUGCACCGGUGCGGCGAGCGCGGGGUGCAGAGGUAACCCCGCAGCGCUGGGCGUGGAGUUUCCCCGAAACGCCGGGCCGACUGCCCGGGAGUGGCCUGUAGCCCGCGGUCCGGGGCUGAGAAGCCUCUGCAACAGGCCCGAUCCCCCCUCCGGAGAAGCGCCAACCGCGGUGGGCUGGUUUCCGAGGUGCUGAGCCCGGUUCGCGAUGGUAGCCUUUGGUUGAGGUUUCCAAGGGAUGGGGGAGACCUCGUCGGGGGCCUCCUCCCGGCGCGAUUGCGAGUUAGAGUUACUGCCAGUAGCUGGAAAGCGGCUGCGGGUGGAGAACGGUUUUAGUUAAAGGUACAGAGCUUAGUUGGGGCUCCGGAGAUUCAGUAACACUAGGAUGGUAUCCGUUUCCGUCUGCAUUUGAACCAUUCGAGGUACCGUUGUGUCUUCGCUAUGACACACAUGAAAUGAGUGAAUAGUUUUGGACUUUGGGCUUGGCUGUAGCUUGGCCAAACAGUAUGGGAAACACUGAAAAUGAAUUCAGGAUGCUUACUUUCUACUUGUAUUUUCUGGUUACAGAUAAAGAUGUCGUUCUCCUUUUAACCGUCGAAGCAGAUUAGACAUUAUUGACCAGAAAUAAAAAAAAAAAAAAAGCCUUUGGAGGCCAUAUCGUCUUCACGAGCACCUUCUUAGAACCCAUUUCUGUGUUUUGGGAUCGAAACAGUACCAUUUUCACAUCCAGAGCAAAGACAAUACUAUGACUGUUGGAAAUGAACCUGAAGGAAAUUUUACACCUUGAAUAUGCAAAUUUCUGCCCUUGCAUUAGUUUUUUUAAAAAAACUAAAUUCUGAUAUUUAAUUGAUGCCUUUUUAAAAUACUAAAUUGUUUACUUCUUUUGCCUAGGUCUCUGUUGGCUAGUUGAAACAAAAAAAUAAAUAUGACCUUCUACAGUUAUAAUUCUUUCUUAGCUAUUUUGUGGACAAGAUUGCCGAGCCAUUCUGUGUAUCCUUCCUGUUCUCACUCCCCAUCGCUUGCGUUUCUCCACUUGCCAGAUUCUCAUUUGCGAGCGACCUACAUGAAAAGCUAUGGAAGCAGGAAGUACUCCUAUCCCAGUCUACCAGGCCAUAAAGCCCAUCCUUUACGAACUAGACUCACACAAAAACUACACACAACUUGCUGGCUACAAAAUCUCCCCAGUAAACCUCAGCCAAUGCAAAUCCCAGAAAAACCUAAGCCAAUGAGCCCUCCACCUCCCAAAGGAGCCGAGACAGAGAUUACAGAAGAAAAGCGAUCUUUAAGUCAAAAAAUCAUGGAUGAACUCAAGUAUUAUUACAAUGGAUUCUAUUUACUUUGGAAUGACACCAAAGUCGCUGCCAGAAUAGUUUCGAAGCUACUGCAUGGGUAUACGCUAACGAGACGAGAGAGGCGAAGGGAAGAAAAACAGAAAAAGAAGAUGGCUGCAAAGUUGGAAAUAGCAAAAUUCCUUCAAGAGACAAUGACGGAAAUGGCGCGGAGAAACCGAGCCAAGUUGGGAGACGCCUCUUCAGAGCUUUCCUCCUAUGUACAACAGGUCCAAACAGGCCACAGACCCAGCACUAAGGAGAUAGUUGGCUUCUCUAAACUCUUUGAGUAUCAGUUAGCCCUGGAACAUUUAGAUCGACCUCAACUGGUUGCCCUGUGCAAACUGCUGGAGUUGCAGACCUUCGGAACAAACAAUCUGCUCCGCUUCCAGCUGCUGAUGACACUGAAGUCUAUAAAAGCAGAUGACGAAAUAAUUGCCAAAGAAGGGGUGAAGGCUUUGAGUGUGUCAGAGCUGCAGGCUGCCUGCCGGGCACGAGGGAUGAGAUCGUUAGGCCUCACCGAGGAACAACUUCGGCAGCAACUCACAGAGUGGCUGGACCUCCACCUGAAGGAGAAUGUGCCCCCUUCUCUUUUGCUCCUGUCACGAACCUUCUACCUAAUAGAUGUGAAGCCAAAGCCUAUCGAACUACCACCAAGUAUAGAGCCUCCAAAGUCAAACCUCGUCUUGGCUUCAUCUACUCCCCCUGAGUCACAACAGAAUGUUGUAGAUACUGCACCUCAACUAAAAGGAACUAAGGAUGAAGAAUUGAUAAAACUGCCCCCAGUACCAUCCUCAGUCAUAAAACCACCAGCAACCAUCUCCAAAGAAGCAAUUAUCCAGGCCAAAUCCCAGAAGAACUCACAGAACAGCAAGGCUAAUUCAAAAGGAGCCUAAGGACCCCUUGAAGAUGGAGCUCACUCUCUCCAGUCACUGUCUCCUCAGCAGUGGCAUCCAUGAAGGAAUUCUAGCUAAGACUGCCUGGCUUGAGAUAAAGGAUCAGCCAUUAAGUCGUUGGAGGCCUCCUGACCAUUCCAGAUGUGCAAGCAGUAACACCAAGUUUAGGCCACUUAGAGAAGCUUAAUUGUGGUCUAUUUCUACUGUAUAAUGUGUCAUCCUACUAAACUUUGAGUAAAGCCCACUCCCAUGUUGUUUUUGAA